GCGUCCUCAUCAGGAGCAGCUCUACAGGAGAGAUGACCAUCCACAGUGUGUCCAAGUCUGAUGAAGGACUCUACAAGUGUCACAUCUCUGGAGCUGGAGAGUCACCAGAGAGCUGGAUGGCUGUCGGAGCUGGUUCAGUGAUCCUGGAGAGUCCUGUCCUCCCUGUGGAAGAAGGCAACAACGUGACUCUGACCUGCAGGAAGAAGAUGUCUUCUUUACACCUGACAGCUGGUUUCUACAAAGAUGGCGUCCUCAUCAGGAGCAGCUCUACAGGAGAGAUGACCAUCCACAGUGUGUCCAAGUCUGAUGAAGGACUCUACAAGUGUCACAUCUCUGGAGCUGGAGAGUCACCAGAGAGCUGGAUGGCUGUCAGAGCUCAUCACAGAGAGACUUGUCCCUGUUCAGACCUCUUCAUACAUGUCGUCCUCGUCUUAAGGACGGUGUUCACCAUAGUGAUGGUGCCUCUGCUGCUGCUGCUGGUGGGACUGCUGCACUGUGGCAAACUCACAGUUACAGUUGCACAAACAUAAGCAGAGAAGCUCCCAUCAUGCUUUGUGAUCACUGAGAUUGUUUAACAUUGUAUUUCCAUCUGUUUUUACCUCCUCUGUUUAAGAAGUCAUGUUCAGCUGUGAGGUGUCAAACUCCUCUUCAUCACAUGUUGAUACCUGCAGCAGCUGUGAGACUUUCUCACACAGAACAAGGUUCAAAACCACAGACAGCCUUUUGAAGAGCUGAACGUUUGCUCAGCAUGUGUAGUUCUGUGUUUUAUUUCAGACUCGACAGCUGCUGGUGAUGAUUUCAGCUUCUUAGACACAAACCACACGAGGACACGUAAAUAUGUGUGUAGAGGAGGUGGUUAUCUAUCUAUCUAUCUAUCUAUCUAUCUAUCUAUCUAUCUAUCUAUCUAGUUUAGUUACAUAUGUUUCACAUGUAAAAUCUGUCUCACAAGAAAAAAAAACAUUUUCCAGGCUAAAAAUUAUUUUAUAUUUCAGAUAAAAUAUUAUCAGAUUCUUCAUAUAGAUCAAACAUGUGCUGGCUUUAACACAACAAAUAACACAAGAAAAGAAAUGUGUGUGUCGCUGAGUUGUUCGCAGACUUCUGCAGCUGCUUCUGCAGGAUUACAAAAAAAACUUAAUUUAAAGGGACACCAGACAAAGAGGCAAACUGUAGCCAAAGACCUGACUCGACAAAGACAAAUAAAAAAAAUCACCUGUUCAGAAAGAAGUCAGUGAAUGUUUGGUUAA